AUGCUGAUUUUUGCCUUCAACGGAGUAGCUGAAUCUCAGUCGGCCACUAUGUUACUUCAGUUGAAAAAAGAGGACAGCCACAUUCGUGUCACUCAAGACGAAGAAACGUGGAUCGGUCUAGAGGCGGUGCCGGUCGUGUAUCUGGCCGAGAUCUCAACGAAACGCCAGCGCAGCAUCUUUUUCUCCUUGGUGACCGCCUGCUUCUCCCUCGGAAUCGUGCUUUCCAACACUCUCGGCUACCUGCCGUACCCCAUCGCGUCGGCCAUCUUCAGCCUCGUCUGCUUCGGCUACUUCAUCCUGCAGGCCUUCACCCCCGAGUCUCCGUCCUGGCUCUACAACGCCGGUCGAGUCGACGCCUCCAUCGCGAGUCUAGAACGCCUCGGCCGCUCCCCCACCGACAUCCAACGGGAACUCGAAAUCCUCAAAACAACCACCAAAAACACCGACAAAUUCACCCUCGCCUCGUUCUUCCACCCCACGGUCUACAAACCCUUCCUCAUCUUGUGCCUCUUCCACUUCAUACAAAGUGGAACGGGGGUGUUCGACAUACUCUAUUACACCGUGGACUUUGUGCAAGCCCUCGGCACGGGCUACGAUCCCUUGAAUGUGUCCAUACUCAUGUCUAUCAUCAAGUUCGUGACGACCUCGACGAUCGGGGUCUACUUCACGGCGUCCGCUUCCAGGAAGUCUGCGACGGCUUUUUCAAGUUUCUGGGUGGCCGUCACGUUCGGUUUGGCGGGGGCCUACGCGUACGUGUACCGCGACGUCCAGGACAAGCCGCUUUCGUGGUUCCCGAUAGCCUUGAUCCUGGUGUCGAUUGCAGCGUGCUCUAUCGGGAUCACGUGUCUUCCGUGGAUCAUGGCCGGCGAGGUGUUUCCGCUGCGCGUGCGCGGCGCCAUGUCCAGCGCCGCUUUCCUCGUCGGAGCCGUGCUCAUGUUCUUCGCCAUCAAGGUCUACGCGGUCUGCAUCGCGGCUCUCAAGAUUUGGGGGCUCAUGUGGCUUUUUGCCGCCUUCGGCGUUUCGGGCGUCUUUUUUGGGAUGUUCGUGCUCCCCGAGACCCAGAACAAGACGCUCUAUGAGAUCGAGCAAGGGUUCUUGCCCAAAGAGCAGAGGAUGGUAGACAAAGAGCUUGUAACGAUUCCAGAAAAGUGA